CUACAAUGCCCAGCAGGCACCGGGCGUAUUCCGGGGCGGGCGCCGCCGCGAAGCCUACUGGGCAAUGUUCUGAGGCGAGCGGCCUUGACUCUCCGAAGCUCCGCCCCUCCCAUCAACAUCACAACUCUCAGCAGGCACCAGGGACGCUUCAGCGCGGGCGCCUCACUAAGAGCCCGCGCGGGGCGUGCUGGGGAACGUAGUCCCGCAGCUCUGAGGCGGGGCCUGCCGAAGCGUGUUACCUGGCGCCGGCAUCGUUGCCCUCGCCGCCGCUGGGAGGUGAGGAGGAUGCCUCAGGGGGCCGGCCAGUUGCCCCCGCCCAAGAGACCGAAGCUGCCGUCCUCCGCCACGGCGCCUCUCGGCUCGGCCCCGCGCAGAGCGAUGUUUUUGGCGACGCCCGGAGGGAAGCGCCACACGACGACGACGCCCUCCGCCUCAGCCGCCGGGUCCCCCGCAGGGCUCAACAGCCAGCGCCGGAGCCUGCCCAUCUUCCAAGCUCGGGGGACUCUGCUCGGGCAGCUCCGCGGGUUAGACUGCGCCGUCCUCAUCGGGGAAACUGGCUCUGGAAAGACCACUCAAAUACCGCAGUACCUCUACGAAGGAGGGGUCGGGCGCCAAGGCAUAAUUGCUGUGACCCAGCCUCGCCGCGUAGCUGCUAUGUCUUUGGCCACCCGGGUAUCGGAUGAAAAAAAAACAGAGCUGGGAAAACUGGUUGGCUACACGGUACGCUUCGAGGACCUCACUUCUGAGGAGACCAAGAUCAAAUUCCUGACAGACGGAAUGCUGCUUCGAGAAGCCAUUGGGGACCCCUUCAUGCACAAGUACAGCAUCGUCGUUUUGGACGAAGCCCACGAGAGGACAAUCCACACGGACGUGCUCUUCGGCGUGGUGAAAGCGGCACAAAAGAGACGGAAGGAGCUGGGGAAAUUGCCGCUAAAAGUGAUCGUUAUGUCAGCUACCAUGGACGUAGACCUGUUCUCCCGAUACUUCAAUGGCGCUCCUGUCCUCUACCUGGAAGGCAGGCAGCAUCCCAUCCAGAUCUUCUACACUAAGCAAUCUCAGAGCGAUUACCUCCAAGCGGCACUAGUGACAAUCUUCCAAAUCCAUCAGGAAGCUGCUCCUUCUCAGGAUAUCCUGGUGUUUCUGACAGGCCAGGAAGAGAUUGAAGCGAUGACCAAAACCUGUCGGGACAUUGCGAAACAUCUUCCCGACGGUUGUCCUCAGAUGGUGGUGAUGCCGCUCUAUGCUUCCCUGCCUUACUUGCAACAGCUCCGCGUCUUCCAGGCUGCACCCAAAGGUUAUCGCAAAGUGAUCCUCUCGACCAACAUUGCUGAGACGUCCAUCACCAUUGCAGGCAUUAAAUACGUUGUGGACACAGGCAUGGUUAAAGCAAAGAAGUAUAGCCCCGAGAGUGGCCUGGAAGUGCUGGCAGUCCAGAGGGUGUCGAAGGCCCAGGCCUGGCAGCGGGCGGGCCGGGCUGGAAGAGAAGACAGCGGGUUCUGCUACCGCCUCUACACGGAAGACGAGUUUGAGAAGUUUGAUAAAAUGACGGUACCCGAGAUCCAGAGAUGUAACCUAGCCAGCGUGAUGCUUCACCUCCUGGCUCUGAGAAUCCCGAACGUCCUCACUUUUGACUUCAUGUCUAAACCAUCUCCGGAGGCACUUCAAGCUGCCAUUGAGCAACUGGCCCUCCUUGGCGCGGUGGACAGGAAGGACGACCAGCUGUUCCUCACCCCACUGGGGAGGAAAAUGGCUGCAUUUCCUCUGGAGCCCAAGUUCUCCAAAACCAUCCUGACGGCCCCCAAGUUCCGCUGCACAGAGGAGAUCCUCACCAUUGUGUCGCUCCUGUCUGUGGACAGCGUCCUUUACAACCCCCCUUCACGGCGGGAUGAAGUUCAGAGCGUCCGGAAGAAGUUCAUCUCCAGCGAAGGGGACCACAUCACGUUGCUCAAUAUCUACCGAGCCUUCAAAAACAUCAGUGGAAAUCGAGCAUGGUGCAAAGAAAACUUUGUGAACAGCAGGAAUAUGAUGCUGGUCUCAGACGUCAGAGCUCAGCUCAGGGACAUUUGUGUGAAGCUUUCAAUACCGCUGGAGUCCUCCCGCUCUGACACGGGGAACAUCCGCCGCUGCCUGGCCUACAGCCUCUUCAUGAACACAGCCGAGCUGCAGCUGGACAGCACGUACGCCACAACAGACACUCACCAGCCGGUGGCCAUCCACCCUUCCUCGGUCCUCUUCCACUGCAAGCCCGCCUGCGUAAUGUACAACGAGCUGCUCCACACCAACAAGUGCUAUAUGAGGGACCUGUGUGUGGUGGAUGCCGACUGGCUGUACGAUGCCGCGCCGGAAUACUUCCGCCGAAAGCUCAGAGCAGCCAAGAACUGACCCAGGCCCCCUGAAAACCGUUUGCCUAAAGCAGGGGGUAGGCUAACCUUUUGUGGGCCGGAGGGCCACAUUCGCACUUGGCCAGACCACUCUCCCAUGUGCACACUCACAUGGGGCGUGUGGACGCACAGCUCUCCCUCACCAGCUGAGUCUUGCAGAUCAGCGUAGUCUCUCACCCCCUCCCUGCUCAUCAAAUAAUCUGGUUUUUUUAAAUUUAUCUUUUUUAAGUGCUACAUUGAAUAAAGAAAAAGGGAGACCACCAGCAAUAAAACCCAGUAACAGUAAGCACCGUCAGCUCACGUUGAGAACGCAAUAGCCGCCAGUAUUUCCAUCUAAAGUUAAGCAUCUAAGGCUGCAAUCCAAUACAUGUCUACUCAGAAGUAAGCUCCAUUGCCUUCAAUGGGACUUACUCCGAGAUAUUGGACUGCAUCCUAAGGUGAUCUAAGCCCCCCAGCAGCCCAAGAGGUAGCCACAGGACAUUGGCAUUUCGAGAAGAUACUUUCAAAUCCAGGGUGGUGAGGUUCUCAGGCCAUUGCGUGAUAGACAGUUUAUCUUUCCAGUCUCUUAGUGACCACAAGGGCUCGGAAAAUCCACUGUGGUUAGCUGCUGAUACUUCCCACGCUACGGGAAUGUAGUUUAGAACAUCUGCAAAUAUCAAGGAUUGUACCAGUACAAAACUGAUAACGGGCUGCAACUUCACACCGAAAAGAAUUCAUCACCAGACACGCUCGCACCAUAUGCCUCCACGAGGCCUUUUCAGCAUCGCUCCUGCUGCAUCUGUCUGUACUAGACAGUGCCUUCUUACACAGACAUUGUGGAGUCCAAGGAGGAGUGACCUUGCUCAGAGGUUGAGGAAAGAUGAUCUGCCGGGGGAGCAGGGGAAUGGAAUGGCAUACCCCAGAAGAGGGCAGGGCUGGCUAGAACCCUGAAUAAACAGCACCAUGCUGCAACAUGUUAGUGCUUAAAUAUUGUAUGCUAUGUGGCACAUCAGGGUUCACGAAGGUAACAUUUGCCUGCAUUCAAGGUGUAUCUAUCUCCCACACAGGGUAUUUCUUCAGAAGGACAGAGGUGAAGCAUGCAAAAUGGCAACUCUGGUAUAGAUCUGUAUGCACAACAACAUUACUUUAAGAAGACAUCUCCCCCCCACACACACACAAAGGGUGAGAAAAUUCACCAGGGAGAAGAAAAUCAAGCAGGUCCCUACUACAUUGGACCAGUGGGACUGUUCAGUGUCAAUAAAUGAUGUCAAUAACCACAGCUACUUUUUAAUUUUAGGCCAGCUUGCAUUUUGCACACCGAUUUCCUGUGAUUGUUAUGUCUUUGUCGCUUUUACACUUUGUAAGCUGUCUUGACCGUUUCCGGUAAAGCGGUGGAAUUGAAAUGAAAUAAAUAAUACUGGAGCGUCAACAGUGUGGUUGUUACGUCUGUCGCCUUG